AUGUCCUUGGCCCUGACCCCCCGCAGGAGGGGCUCCAAAGCCAUCCCAGGGUGCUCUGAGGAGGAAAGAGCCAGCCUGUGCCGGGAAGGUGGCUGGAGCUUGAGGGGAAGCUCUGAGCUGGUGGUCCCUGAGCAGCCUCCCAGCAGGGAGAAGCCCUUCAGGUGUUUGGAAUGUGGGAAGAGCUUCAAGAACAGCUCUCACCUGAUCCGACACCAGCAGAUCCACACUGGGGCACGUCCCUAUGCGUGUGAGGAAUGUGGGAAGAGCUUCAACCAGAGCUUCCACCUGACCAAACACCAGCGUGUCCACACUGGGAAACGGCCCUACGUGUGUAAUGAUUGUGGGAAGAGCUUCACUGACAGCUCCAACCUGAUCCGACACCAGCUCAUCCACAGCGGGGAACAGCCCUACACGUGUGGGGAAUGUGGGAAGAGCUUCAGGGACAGCUCCAACCUCCACACCCACCAGCUCAUCCACACCAGGGAACAGCCUCACAAGUGCUUGGAAUGUGGGAAGAGGUUUAAGACCAGCUCACAUCUCUACAGGCACGAGCGGACGCACACGGAUGAGAGGCCCUUCCGCUGCACCGACUGCGGGAAGGGCUUCAAGUACAACUACCACCUCAUCACCCACCGGCGCAUCCACACUGGAGAGAGGCCCUACAAGUGUGGGGAGUGUGGGAAGAGCUUCCCCCACAGCUCUACCUUGACCAAACACCAACGGACCCACCAGUAAGGGAAGCCCUACCAGUGCCCUGACUGCAGGAAGAGCUUCGACCUCUGCUUCCACCUCAAAUGAAGCCCCUGAUUGUGAGGCAACCCCUGGAGUCCAGUGACUGUCAGUCCAUCCCU